GCAAAGUACAUAUCAAAUCUAAACACAGGCAUUUAUCAAAGAGAGCAUUGGAAGGUACGCCUGGCUAAUCAGCGGCACGGCCCAUUCUCCAUGAACUGUGGGCUCAUUAAGCUGGCACAGUCUGGGAUGUGGGGCCAGUUAGAUGCAGAGAGCCAGGUCUUCACACAGCUCCUGAUAACCUAACCACUGACUUAUCUGAGGACUGGAACCCUCCCCGACAGUCCCAGCACAGGAGAAAUCUUGUCCUGUGCAGCCCCUGAUGGAUGAAGCUGUGCUCUUUGAAGACUGUCAGAUUUGGUAUUAGGAUAUCAAUGUCCUUCUACAGUCAACAUCUCUUUUUAUUAGGCUUUCUGGGUCUCUGUAGUAUUUCUGGCCUUGUGCUCAGUCAGAACCACACGCUGAUAUUUUCCAAAGACAACAACAUCCGAAAUUGCAGUUGCUCCUCUAACAUCCAUAACUGCGAUUACAACCUGGCCAACCUGGAGUGUAGCUGUAAGACUGUGCACCCGAAGAACAAGACUGGAUCUAGGCUGAGCUACAGUGGCAACCUGACCAUCUGGUUCUCCGAUACAUCCACUCUAGGCAAGCUGGUGAACUUCACUUUUGUGCAAAACCUAAAACUUUCACUUUGCGGCACUACAGUCCUGCCAACUGAAUAUCUGGCCAUUCUGGGACUCCGGCAUCUAAGGGUACAAACAGAAGAUAUGGCGGAGCAAAGUGUGAUCAUUUACAGUUGCAGUGAUGAGAAGGUCAAGGAUGGAGUCGGACCUUGUCCCACAUCCAGAGACAAGCAGUCACAACAUAUUUCUUACCUGGACACGUCUGUCUUUAGUGGGCUUUCCCUGGUAAAAUCAUACAGCGUGGAGAACAUCUCCAGUGUUUUGGAACACUUCCCAAACUUGCCUGUGUCUAAUGUGAUCACCACAGCAGACACAAGUUACAUAGUGACGUUAAUCUACUGAUAGACAGGGAUGACUAUGUUUAACUGUAAAUAAAAGUACAAUAAUUUUUUUGUA